CGAUUCAUCGAUUAGAGCUUCCAACACGCAUUCAUCCAGUCCUCGUUUGACGAUUCUCUACUCCGUGCCCCCCGAUCCAUCCCGCCCGUUGCGAUCCGUCAGCCACAUCACAAUGUCCUCCAAGUACGCUUUCACAAAGGGCCUGAAGGAGCUGCGCUUCCUUUUCUGCCAAACCUCUCAGGAUAGUGCUGCUACCCGGUCGUUCCUGCAGCGCGCCUAUCCUACCAUGAAGAAGCACAACCCCUCCACUCCUAUCUUGAUCCGCGAGGCCGCUGGCACUGUGCCCAGAGUAUAUGCUAGAUACGAGCUCGGAAGAGAGCAGCAGGAAGCCUUGACCGGCUUGACGGAUCAGCAGAUUGAAGAGAAGGUUACCAAACUGGUGAAAGCGUCUUCAUGAUCCGUCUCAAUUGUUGCGCCCUUAUCCAUAUAUUCAUGCUACCAUGUUUUUACCCACUUCGUCCGCGCUGUACCUAUAGAUGAAUCUGAAGACAACUUGCAC